GCUGGUGACUGCUGGCCCCUGAGAGGCCCCUGCUCCUGGGCUCACCGCCAGACAACUAUGGGACAAUGGUGGCCUGGUGCCAACCUGCACUUGUGGAGGCGUUAGUUAUGGUCAAAUGUUGCAGCUUAUCUCUAUCUUUCUUUACUUUCUUAUUUCCACAAACCUCCGUCUAACUUUCUCACACACAUGCGCACGCUCUCACAUUCCCCGCCUACUGUAAAAUAUAGUCCCCUCUGUGUCCUACUGUAACCUCACCUAAAGCGACCCCGUCGUCUCUGCUCUGUCUGCACAAGAGCUGUGAUGAGAGCGUGGAGGAGAGUGAGAAGGGUGAAUGAGAGGGAAAUGAGAGAGAAAGUAUCUUUGUGUUCUGCAGCUAAACUCAACCCACUAUCUCUUUCUGACUCCGCCAGUCCUGUCACAUGCUUUGUUAGAUUGUUUACUUGCACUGGUCUGGUCUCUCCCUCUUCCAAGCUCCCUCCCUCUCCCUCUCCCUCUCUCUCUCUCUUCUUCCCAUCCAGCCUGUCUUACCCGCCCACCAGUAGGUUCCUGCUUAAUGGUAUGUGGCGAUAAGAGCAGAGAAGAAACAGGAAAGAAGGCCUAAACACCCCUUUUUUCUCAAGAUUUGGUCUUUUGCUGUUGCAUCUUCUAAUCCUGCAGUUUCACUUUCUUCAGACUAACAUGCUCCACCUUACUGCAGGGCGCGUGGGAAGCCUCGUGGCCAGGCGCGCGACACUGGCCCUGACCACCAGCAGCGCGAGGAUGGCGAGCCACGGGCACGAGGUGGCAGAGUCAGUGGACAUGUCUCAGCCGAUGUACUGCGACCGUCUGGACACCCCUCUGCCUGACAGGCCCUACAAAGAUGUGCUGACUGGUGCUGACAAGAGCCUGAAACAGAAAGAGAAAGGGCCCUGGAGCCAGCUGACCAAAGAGGAGAAGAUUGCCUUGUACCGGCUGGCGUUCUGUCAGACCUACCCAGAGAUGAAGCAGCUGACAGGAGAGUGGAAGACUGUUGUGGGCGGUAUCUUCAUCUUUCUGGGCUUCACUGGCCUGGUGGUCUGGUGGCAGAGAGUCUAUGUCUACCCUGAGCGCCCCAGGACCUUUGAGGACGAGUGGCAGGCCAAACAGCUCAAGAGGAUGUUGGACAUGAGGGUCAACCCCAUUGAAGGCUUCUCAGCCAAGUGGGACUAUGAGAAGGGCCAGUGGAAGUAAAGAGACGGCCGGACUGUGGCUGAGGCUGGGACAGAGUCCGGACCUGUCGCCUCAGAGCAUGGAUUUCCACUCUGUGAAGCUGCUGUUGAAGUCAGUCUCAAUUUGAAUGUUGCAUUAUAACUGUUAAAACCACUAGAAAGAUGGAGCGUAUCCACCGUCAACAUCUCUGGGGUCAUUUUACUCUGUGCCACCUCUGGCUCUCAGUCAGUAGCCUCUUCUCCAACCACUGCAGCCUGCUGUCAUGGUGAUAACUGUGUCCGUCCUGUUGAAGCCUUAUGAUAAUAAAGUUUUGCUUAUGUCUCUG